UCUCGCCUGGCGCUGCUGCCGGCUUCCGGGGUGGCGCAUGCGCGUUGUCCGUUCCUAGCGGCUGCUUCUGCCUGGCAGCGCCUGAGCGGGAGCAGCGGGGUUGGAGCGCGCCGCCGCCCCGCCAUGGCCGAAGCCUAUUUCCCAGUGGGGCCCGGGCUGGGGCCCGAGGAGAAUUUCCUCUCGCUGGAAGACAUCCUGAUGUCCCAGGAGAAGCUCCCGGGGUGCGUGGAGGCUGCCCUGCCCCGCCUGGCUGCCGUGCUGGGCAAGGGCGCGGCGGCCGGCCAGAACGACGGCAUCCCGGAGGGUUCAAAGGUGGAAAUACCCCUGUGGCUAGCAAAAGGGUUGUAUGACAACAAACGGAGGAUACUUUCAGUGGAACUGCCCAAGAUUUACAAGGAAGGCUGGCGGACAGUGUUCAGUGCUGAUGCCAAUGUGGUUGACCUGCAUAAAAUGGGGCCAUACUACUAUGGCUUUGGCUCCCAGCUCCUGAAUUUUGACAAUCCAGAGAAUCCAGAGAUAGCUCAGACUAUACUGCAGACAUUUAUUGGCCGUUUCCGUCGCAUCAUGGACUCCUCCCAGAAUGCCUACAAUGAGGACACCUCUGCACUGGUGGCACGGCUGGAUGAGCUGGAACGGGCGUUGUUUCGAGCUGGUCAGAAAGGGCUGAAUGACUUUCAGUGCUGGGAGAAGGGGCAGGCUUCUCAGAUCACAGCAUCCAGCCUGGUGCAGAAUUACAGGAAGAGAAAAUUCACAGACAUGGAUGGUUGAAAGCAUGAAGGACAUAAAACUGCUACAGCGGACACUGAGGUUCUCUGUGUCAGAGAGAAGAGAGACCAGCCAACCUUGGGAAAGGACAGACUCUCCUCCCAGUUUAACUGAAGUUCUUCUGCGCAGCAUCUUCAGAUUAGACCAAAGCACCAAAGACUAGAGGACGAGUAUAAUAAGAAUACAUCACAAAAUUAUUUUAUAGCACACACAUCUUUCUCCCAUGGAUUUACGGUAAUAGUUUUGGGCUUCAUAGCUGAGUGGAUAUAAAAGGCUCUUCUGAAAGAGGAUCAUUUUAAUAUUUACUGUUUUUAUCAUAUAAAUAGAUCUGGAAUUGUAAAUAUAAUGAAAAUGUAGUUUCAACUCUUUCACCCUCACCUCAAAUCCCACCUUCCCCACACAUACCCCAGUGUGUUGACAUGGGAACAGUUGUUUCCAGCUUCAUGAUUCCAGAAGUGUCUUUGUUAGGGGUAAGCAUCUGCUGUUAGCUGAUUCUGUUGCUGCUUUAGUUUCGUAUGUGAUUUUAAUGCUUGUCAUUGGAACAGUGGAGACUGCUUUCUGUUUGUCCACACAGCAGUUGAAGUGGUGUUGCAAGCUUUAUGCACCCUGCCUCCACCUCCCACUGCCACUACUAUGCCUCAUACCCAGAAAGCCCACUUCUAGGCAGCAGGUGGGAAUGGAAUGCCCAUUCACUCCUAGAUGCAUGGUGGUUUUUCUGAUGUGGAUAGAUGCAUGGUGGUUUUUCUGAUGUGGACACUGAGGAAGAAGUUCUAAUUGCUAGUUUUGGCUAAUGGUGAAGGGGCAGAGCUAAUGAGUUGUUUCUUUCCUUCUGAUCUAUUGUUGUUUCCUCUCUGGAAAUGCCAUUCUUGCCAUUGGGAGCGAAUGGAAUUAGAGCUCAUUAAACAGCACAAGAGUUGCUCUAUGGAGAUGUCCUCAAAACGUAGCUCUGCUUGUGAGUCACGUUGGAGGGCACGAGAACACCCAGAAACACAUGGUUCCCUCUCUAGAAAGCUGCUUAUGGGACCAUUGGAAUUAGUUUCUAAUGACCUGUCCCAAGAAUACCAUCUGAGUGUUUCUUAGCCUUCCUUGGGAGGAAGCCCUUUAAAAAGUAACUACCAAGAGGGGCCUUUUCCUGAGAGGUGCUGAGCAUUCACAGUGCCUGUUGACUUCAUUAAUAGCUGUGGAUGUUAAUCAGACUUUCAGCAUCUCCUGGGAUCAGGCCCAUGGAGAGCUAAAUUUUGUAUGGGCAACUUGUUCUUGUCCACGAAUACUUAAUGUAACUGUUGGCUAAGGGAUCCCCCAGAAUGGGUGAGUGGCCAUUCUUUGGGCCUCAGGAGUGAAAGCUCUGCCUCUGCAGUUAAUCAAAAAGGAUACUGACUGCUGGAUACGGCAGCAUCUUCAGCGUGCCAUGGUCUCUGAAGUGCACAGGGCAACUAUCCCACUGCAGGAGACGAAGUAGCAGCUAGUGGAAUAUGAAGAGGGAGUUCAAGCAUGCACAUUAUUAAAUGCCACUGUGCUAAAUGACAGCAUGCUAUGAAAAUGAUGCAUUUUUUAUAAGAAACUAAUUUUAGCCUGGAUUUGUAUAUUUUCUAUUUUGGGAUUUCUGUGCUGAAUAAAUGAGUGUUUCACAUGAAAUAA